GGUGAACUCUAGCUUUUAUGUAGGGAGAAAACACGUGAUUUGGCCUGUAAUCAAAACCAGAUUUUUACGCACAGCACCAUUCAGAUCAUACACAUUUGUCAACCAUGGAUUUCCAGAAUCGUGUAGGAAGCAAGACAGGUGGUGGUGGUGUUGCAAGCGCCUCAGAAAGCAAUGUCAAUCGUCGUGAACGUCUUCGAAAGCUGGCCCUCGAAACCAUCGACAUUAGCAAAGAUCCCUACUUUAUGAAAAACCACUUGGGAUCUUACGAAUGUAAAUUAUGUUUGACACUACACACCAACGAAGGAUCGUACCUUGCCCACACACAAGGAAAGAAGCAUCAGACCAACUUGGCACGAAGAGCUGCUCGUGAUGCUCAGGAUGCGUCUAAUGCACCUACAGUCACUGGACCCAACCAAGGUCCAUUGCAAGCUCGACGUAACAUCAUCAAGAUCGGUCGACCGGGUUACAAAGUCACAAAGGUGAGAGAUCCAGUCACUCGCCAGAUGGGUCUCCUGUUCCAAGUCCAGUUACCUCAGAUCGCAAACGACGUAACUCCACGACAUCGUUUCAUGUCUGCGUAUGAGCAAAAGAUUGAAGAACCUACCAAAACUCAUCAGUAUCUGCUGAUUGCCGCAGAACCAUACGAAACCAUUUCAUUCAAGGUGCAAAGCAAGGAAAUCGAUCAGAGUCAGGGAAAGUUCUGGACGUAUUGGGAUAAAGACUCUAAGCAAUUUUCGCUGCAGUUCUUUUUCAAAAACCCUUCAUUUGAGAAUGAAAAUAUUGCACCAACGAAUUAGAUCUAGCAAAUAGUUUAUAUCUUGCCACUGCAUCUGUUUUAAAAUCUUGUAAUAUAGUUCUGUUUCCACCCAAGCCAAGCCAUCUUUAUUUUGUGUUUACCUUUGAAUGAGCUCAUAGAGAUCAUGUUGCUACUUGACGACUGCGACAGUCAAAAUAUUUUGGACGUGGAGAAAUACCCAUCAUAAAAUUCGCUAUGG